AUGUCCGCCUUACGUCGUGUGCGCAAAUACUUUAUAUCCUCGCAGGUCUACGAGGCACUGCGUCCUUUGUUCUUCUUGACUUUCCUAUAUGGACUGACGCCAUUCCAUGUGGUGAGAAGGAAAAUGGGUGAAUCCUACUUGAAGAUGUCCUUCUUCGGCGUCUUCAACAUCUUCAUUUACAUCUGCCUCUGUGGGUUUUGCUAUAUCUCAUCUUUGAGGCAGGGUGAAUCCAUAGUGGGUUACUUCUUCCGCACUGAGAUCUCCACCGUCGGCGAUCGCCUGCAGAUCUUCAAUGGUCUGAUAGCUGGUGCCGUGAUCUACACCUCGGCAAUCCUAAAACGCUGCAAGCUUUUGGGCACCCUAACUAUUUUGCACAGCCUGGAUACGAACUUUUCGAACAUUGGAAUACGGGUGAAGUACUCGAGGAUAUUUCGGUACUCACUGCUGGUGCUGAUCUUCAAGCUCCUGAUCCUGGGCGUGUAUUUUGUGGGAGUUUUCCGGUUGCUCGUCUCACUGGAUGUCACACCAUCGUUCUGCGUUUGCAUGACAUUCUUCCUGCAACAUUCGGUCGUCUCCAUUGCGAUUUGUUUGUUCUGCGUGAUUGCCUUCAGUUUCGAGCGGCGCCUCAGUAUCAUCAAUCAGGUCCUCAAAAAUCUCGCCCAUCAAUGGGACUCUCGCAACCUGAAGGCAGUGACCCAAAAGCAGCGAUCUCUCCAGUGCCUGGAUUCCUUUUCCAUGUACACCAUUGUAACCAAAGAUCCAGCUGAGAUCAUACAAGAGUCCAUGGAGAUCCACCAUCUGAUUUGCGAGGCUGCUGCCACGGCCAACAAAUAUUUCACCUACCAACUGCUGACCAUUAUCUCCAUAGCUUUUCUGAUUAUCGUUUUCGAUGCCUACUACGUUUUGGAAACUCUGCUGGGAAAGUCAAAGAGGGAAAGUAAAUUCAAAACAGUGGAGUUCGUGACGUUUUUCUCCUGUCAAAUGAUCUUGUAUCUGAUUGCCAUAAUAUCCAUUGUGGAGGGCAGCAAUCGGGCUAUCAAGAAGAGCGAGAAAACGGGUGGCAUAGUGCACUCUCUACUCAAUAAAACCAAAAGUGCUGAGGUCAAGGAGAAGCUGCAGCAGUUCUCCAUGCAACUGAUGCAUCUCAAGAUUAACUUCACAGCAGCUGGCCUCUUUAACAUUGACCGCACUCUGUAUUUUACGAUCAGCGGGGCCUUGACCACUUAUCUCAUCAUCUUGCUGCAGUUCACCUCCAAUUCCCCCAGCAAUGGCUAUGGGCAAGGCAGUUCCUGCUGCGAGUUAUUCAACAGUACAGCUAAUCAUACGGUUUAGAUGUGUUUUUAGUGUCUUUGA